AUGAGCGGGCUACGCGAGUUCAUCAGAAGUCUUGUGUUUCGACCUCCUGUCAGAGGGGAGGCCAUUCCUGAACCCGAGGCACCACUUGAAGCUACAAUGGACGAGCUGGCGGAAACGAUGCGGAACUCCAUGAAAAUUGACUUGGACCUGGAACAUGUGGAAUCAAAGGGAGCCCAGCUCCAACUCCAAUCUCCUACGCUCUACCUGCAGGGCUGCGACCUUUUCAAUUCGGAAGUGGUACCCGUCGUUGAAGAGCAAGUGAUAGAAGACCAAGCAGAUGUGACCCAAGCGCCAGAAAUCCAACAGAAUCAGCGAUACCUUGCUACAUCGUAUCGCAAUCGAUCGGUGUCCCCGAUCCCCGGCCGGGCCCCCACCCCGGAGGAGAGGCUGGAGAAUGACAUACGGCAGCGACGCGAACAUGGCGUUAAAGAUUGGACUGCCAGCCAUGGCACAGGUUCUUCCGACUUCGAUACGUGCCUAAAAAUGUUCAACGAGAUACGCGGAGAUCUACAACUGGCUAUUGCGUCAAAGGCGACGUCAUCCAACCAAAUCAACGAAGAGCUGGAGCGCUUUGACGAAAUGUGCGACACCCUUCUGCGCGCGAAAUUCGAGAAGGGAAUACCGCAAGCCGGAAAAUUGGCA